CCGGCAACGUUCAGUUCUCGUUUGACUCUUCGCGCAGCACGUCAGACCUCCGCGCGCGUGCACGUAACACGCAUAACGUAGUAAAAUAGUAUAUGAUGACAAUAAUGUUUUUAAUUAAUAUCUAAUAGUGGCGUAUACACCGGCUAUAAAUGUAUAGUACAUUUUUUUGAUCACGUCUUGAUUACAGACUCGUACAAUCGAUCUUUUUACACGUUUCACGUUUAUAUUGUUAAUAUUUUAAUAAUUUUUUUAUCAAUUUCUUUCACGCGCACACUUGUACACCUAUGUUAUUUUUCGAUGUGAUGACACCGAAUUUUUGGAUACGAUACCAUCGAUCAUCGGUAGAUCUGACAGAUGUACGAGAAUAUCAAACAUAACUGUCGGCAAUGUUAAAGUGGACCGUGGCUGGACAAAGGGGCGGGGGAACGACGACGUGGAAAAGGACGACGGUGGUAGACGAAUCGCCGCAGUGUUUUUCGGAAAAGCCGCGGCGAAGACGACCGUCCAGGAUGUCUGGAAAACACGACAAGGAAAAUGCCGAGUGCGUGGACGUGUUAACACCGACAACAAAGACGAGUCGUCGACGUCGCCGAGAGAGCUUGAGAGACGUAAGCAAUCACAAUAGCCCGGCGACGGGAGCGUUGCAGAUGUCGCCGGGCAGCAGACGAACAAAAAGUCCCUGCACGGAAGUCCAUUGGAUGCCUGUGCAAAAGAGACGAUCCGGUGACGAUCUGUGUUGGACGGACGACAAAGUGAAACGGAAAAAGCCGUGUACGGCUGACCACGUGAUCUCAACGGCGUACGCGGCUGUCGCGACGUUCGCCUCCACACCAACAGCAGCAGUAUCAGCAGAAGUCACCUCUGCCGUUACCGUCACCUCCGUGGCCGACGAGCAGCUAUGCGUGUCCAUGUCCCCUGCCGAAGAACCGGUUCAGCUAUUGCACAAAAAUUUGCCUGCGCUGCCGACGGUUCGGCUUCGCAGUCCGGGCGACUUGCGCGCGUCCAGGCUGAUCGAUCGGUACGUGGAUCAGAUCCGCAUGGACGACGUCACGUUCGGUCGCGGAAACAACGAUCGACUCAGCAUAGUGUCACCGCUGGCUAAGCGACUGGCCGACAUCCGGUUGCGACGAUCUCCCGGAAAAACGACGACCACAACGACGGAGGCCUGCAAACGAAAACGAUCGUUGUCCGACAGCGAAGACGAUUGGCCGCCGACGCGCACGCCGAUUGCCGGCAACAAACGGCCCACCGCCGCGUGGUGGUGGCAGUGCUCGGGCGGCGGCGGCGGUCUCACCCUGCCCGACGGCCUGCCCAGUCCGUUCCACUCGACGCUCGACCGUCACCGCGGCGGUGGCCCACUUCACCUACGGCCGACCCGCACGCCCAGCCCUAUAACGCCGCUCCGCCGGCAGCCGGCCGCUGACGAUUCGGACGACUAUUGGAAGACGCCCGUCGGCCCGUCACUGGCCACCGGCGUCCGCGCCGACCGACUGCUGUCCACCACGUCGUCCACCACCGUCGACGACGAGAUCAUCUGCUGCAGUGAUCCGCGCAGCCCGGCCGUGCUGGACGAAACGUUCACGCUCAAGUCCCGCAGGUGUCUGUCGUUCGUUUCUCCGCCGCCGUCAGACUCGUCGGCCAAGAAACGGAACCGGAAGUCACUGAAAAAACCGUCUUCCGCCACCGCCGACAAAGCUUCCGGCCUAGAGGUAUCCAUUGAAUUGAAAGACGCAACUCACUUAACUGUAUUACUUAAAAGAGGCAGAAAUCUAGUGUGUGCAGAUGGUGAACCGCCAAACACUUAUAUAAAGGUUUAUUUAGUACCCGGUAAAGGGACUUGCCACAAAACCCGAGUACGGCACAAUUCUACCAAUCCUCGUUUCGACGAAUCUUUUUCCGUACCACUCUCUGAGGAAGAUCAAGAUAAAAGAAUAUUGAUAUCCGCUUGGCACCGAGACAGAUUGAAAAGAAGGAGCGAGUUCUUGGGCUAUAUGUCGUUUGCAGUGAAAAACGUACUCAAAAAAGAAAUAAACGGUACGUUCAAACUCGUACCGCAGAGUCCUGGGCGAAUGCCACCGCACUCGACGCCGGCUCAUCGACCACAAGACCUGACCGUGGUUAAAACCGUACACUGCAGUACCGAUGAAGAAGAAGAAGACAUCAUGAUUGAUGACGAAACUACACCCAGUAACCAUUCGGUGUCUGUCAAGGUGAAAUGUAGUCAAAAGCCAAAAAAAGACACACUGACCACUAAAACUGGCAACGAAGAAAACAAAUUCUUGCAAUACCUGGAGUUGGAUCCUCCGUUGUCGUCUAAUAAAGAUGGCAAAAGCGGCAGAACUCCGUUCACAAUCACCAAACGGUUAUCGAAACCCUCAGGAUCCAGUUUUGGAUUUUCCAUAGCGUGGACACAUCCUCCGAGGGUGGAAAGAGUGGAGUGCGGUUUGCCUGCAGACCAAGCAGAGCUGAAACCCGGAGAUUAUGUAGUAUUUAUCAAUAAAACUAACGUAGUAAUGAUGGCCGAAGAUGACGUCAUGGAAUUGAUUAAAUCGUGCGGCAAUCAGCUAUCGUUGGAAGUGUACAACAAAACUACGACGACCAACCGAAGGAGGAAUCAACCGCCUCCACGAUCUGCGUCCACGCCGGGCGUGCUCAGCUUGGCCGCCACCGCAGUCAGUCAGAGUGACACGACUGUUUCCUUGCAAGAGCCGCCCAGAAGACGAUUUCACAUACCUCAAGUGACGUUCACGUCCGAGAACUUAUCCGGCGAUAUGGACUCGCAACUGAGAUGGAUUCAUCAACUGCUCACGGCCGAACAACAAUUCGUGCUAUGUUUGCAAUUCGGUAUAGGGAGGUAUCUAUUGCCACUGGCCGAACGCAAAGAUAUACUCAAAUCUAAAGAACAUGCGGCUCUAUUUCAAAACGUUCAAGAGCUGCUGCGCACUACUGAAGACACCCUGGAGCGUAUAAUCGACAACGAUUGGAAAAUGUUGGCACGAAACACAUGCAAAACAUACGUGAAGAAAAUCGAUCAGAUCAAUGGAGCAUAUUACAAAUACUGCAAGGGUAUCAUUCAUGCGGAUUGCGUGCUUGUCGAAAAAAUACGAAAUUCAAAUUUUCUGGAAUUGAUUAAAGACCCACCCAUACCCGACCGUAGGCCGGAUUUGAUCACGUUCAUUCACAAACCAUUAGAGCAUUACAGAAACAUAUUAAAAUGUAUGCAACUCAUUCAGAUCAAUACUGAACACGAUGACGAAGGUUUCGAAGCGUUAUCACAUAUAGUCCAUGAAAUGCAGGCAACAUAUCGAUUCAUAACUGUGGAAUCCGGUUUAAUGGAACCGGAAGUGGAUGGGAAGCCUUUGCUGUCGCUCAAUGAUUUAGAAGCCCGUUUAGUAUUUACUAGGUGCAAGCCUUUUACAUUAAACACGUCAGACCGCCACUGGAUAUUCGCCGGCGACCUGAGCCGCGUAGAAGGACGAUCUGUCAGAUCGUACUGGGCGCUGUUGUUCUCCGAUAUUUUAUUGUUUACCAAAGUUAGCAGAGACCGCGUGUUAUUUGUCACUGACGAACCAUUGCCAUUAACCUCAAUUGCUCAAACACAGUUCUCCGUAAAGAAAAAAGAUACAGAAUUCCGGUUGGUAAUUAACAGUGGAUCGGACACGUCAUCGUGUCACAGUAGUCCGGCCAUGACCGGAUGUAGCCCUUUGUUUGCCGAUCUAUCCGGUACUCUUUCAAGACUACCUAAAAAUAAAGGAAGAGUGAUUGUGCUCCGAGCACCCAAAGCUGAACUGAAAGCUGUGUGGCAAAAUCUCAUUCAGAGACAAAUACUGACGCUGGACAAAAACGCAUUCGUGCUGGACGGUAAGUGUAGGGGACCGUCGUCGUCGGAACCACUGGACUCGCCGGACGAUCUGUUGGCCAACUCGCUGGCCACGCUGGACGACGACGUCUACGCGGACAGGCUAAAGUCGUUUGCCGCGUCGUUGGUGGACGAGAGAUGUCAGCGGAUGACCAAGAGCAGCACAUGCAACAAGGGCAAGGCGUUGCACAUAUCGCAGUGGAUCAAGGGCGAACUCGGUGGUGGCGUGUUCGACGGAGGCAGUUGUGGCCCCGGUGGAGGCGGCAGCGGUGGCGGUAGUGGCAACGAUGACGAUGACUUGGAGCUGUGGUCUGCAGAACAAAUGAACGCAAAACGAGCAGAGAUCGAACGUCGGUUGUCGUCGGCGGCGGCGGCCAGGGACGGUGUGGAGGCAAUCAUCGAAUACGCGACUGCAGCAGAGACCGUGUCGGUGGUCAGCAGUCCGGACGAUAGUCAAAGAACGGUUAUACCGGAAAACGUGUGCGACAAGUGUCAGAAGAAGUGCGACGUUAACGGAAACCAGCAGUCCGACGCUUUCCUCGACAUGGAUCCCGACAACAAGUGGAAACCGUCCACGGUUUCCGUGUUCACAGACCUCAGCCCUUGUGAACCUUUCGGCCACAUAAAUAAUCUCAACAACAAUUACGUGAACAACAAUAUCGGAAAUGAUAACGAUAACGAGGACGACGACGACGACGAUGAUGACGACGACGACGGACUCGAACCAGAUAGACCGUACGCUUUACUAGCAUCGUCACCGCUGCAACGUAAUGCACAUCAACUUUAUCAGCAGCAGCAACAACAACAACAACAAAUUCGAAUGCACCCACGGUUUUCGUCGAUGUGCAGCUUGGAUAGAACUGGCACGAAUCGUGACCAUUCAACGGAUAGUCUAGACAGAGUGGAGUACUGUUCGACUACUGAUUAUCGGUGGCCCGAAGACUUUUGUCCUGUUACACCAAAUUCUUGUUUACCAACCGACGAAGACUAUAACUACGAUGCAUCGAGCGAAGAAUUUUGGGGAACGCCGAAUAGUAGUACUACUUCGCCGCUAUCCAUUGAAGUGAAUUACCACGAUGAACAGCAAAAUGAAGCACUCCUUUUACCUUCAGUUAUAUCAUCCUCUACGCCUAAAAAGAGACCAGCUCGACUAGAACCACUAAUAGAAGAAAUUGAGUCGUCGGACAAUACUCCAUCUUAUGAAUACAAAGAGAUCGUUUAUGGAGAAGGUCAAACUCUAUUGAAAUUUAAAACCAGACCUGUGGCUGGGUCCAAAGACAAACAUUCUGCAGAAAAAUCGAUCACUAAAAACUUAAGUAGUAAUUAUGGUUUUGCGAAUGCGACAGAUUUAACAUGUUAUGGCGGACAUCAGGAAGGAGCCGUUCGAAGAGGACUUGCAGCACCGAAUCUAAAAUGAGUGCAAAUUUUAUUCGGAAACGACGUGUUAAGUCCGAAAAGUCAAAACAGAACAAAGAAAUUAAACUCAAUUUAAUUGAAAGUAUAUACUUAUUACUCUUUGGUUAACUAUACAUCAU